AUGGAGGAAGCAAAUGAAACCACAGUGGCUGAAUUCAUGCUCUUGGGAUUUUCUGGAGUUUGUGACAAAUUCCAGAUGUUUCUUUUCUUUGUUCUUUUACUGACCUACUUGGUCACACUAACCGGGAACUCAUUAAUCAUUCUGAUAGUGUGGGUGGAUCACCGACUCCACACCCCCAUGUACUUUUUCAUCAGCAAUCUGUCCUUCUUGGAGAUCUGGUUCACCUCGGUCACAAGCCCAAAGAUGUUGAACUUUCUCUCAGACAACAAAACCAUCUCAUUCCUUGCCUGCAUGGCCCAGUCCUACUUCUAUUUUGCCCUGGGAGCUGCGGAGUUCAUCCUUCUCGUGGUCAUGUCCUUUGACCGCUAUGUUGCUAUCUGCCACCCAUUGCGAUAUGCUGCCAUCAUGAAACAGAGACUCUGCAUUCAACUAGUUUUUGUUUCUUGGGUGGGAGGUUUCCUGGUUAUAGGUUUACGGAUGGUCCUGGUGUGCAAGCUGAGAUUCUGUGGACCGAAUGUGAUCAACCAUUUCUUUUGUGACAGCAUUCCGCUUUUCCAACUCUCCUGCACUGAUACCCAAGUAAUUAAGAGGGUGGAUUCCAUUUUGCUGUCAGCCAUAGUGUUAACUUCAUUAUGUUUAACCAUGAUGUCGUACGCUUGCAUCUUCUACUCUAUACUGAGAAUCCCAUCUGCCACGGGGAGGCAGAAAGCCUUUGCCACCUGCGCUUCCCAUCUUACUGUUGUAACGAUGGCCUAUGGAAGCUGCUUUGCUUUGUAUGGCAGUCCCUCAGGAUACUUAUCUCUGGAAAUCAACAAAGGGGUGGCUCUGCUGAACACCGUAGUGUACCCAUUCCUCAACCCCUUCAUCUACAGCCUCAGAAACAAGAGUGUUAAACUUGCCCUGAGCAUUGCUUUCAGUCAUGACAGGACAAAGUUGUUCCUCAAGUUGUGUUAUGCUUCUUGA